AUGUCAGAAUUAAUUGGAAUCGAUUUGGACCCUGAGGACUUCGCCUCCUCAAUUCCCUUAAAAAAGGUCCCAUACGGCGAUGUUUAUGAGCCUUCCAGGGCCGGCGACGUUGAUCGGUUGAAGUACUUGUUGGAGUCCGCUAGGAUGCUUUUGGAAAGCGGGGCCAUUUGCUCCGAGCACAUGUUUGAUGGCGAUCGCUGUCAUUAUGCCGCACUUAAUCUUAAAGUUAGGAAGCUAUUGAAAGCAUUUGAAGCUCGCCCGCCUCCUUUGGGGCCUUCGCAGGCUGCAGUGAGGGAGACCUUCUGGGGUGUUCGGCUAAUAAGGCUUAUUUGGAGCAACUGGAUGGCCAAGCUCAAUUUCCAAUUCCAGGUCUGA